ACAGACUCCUCUUGUUUGGCGUCUCCUGAACAGACUGAACAAAUCUAUGUUCGUUACUCCCAUCCACCAUGAACAUCUUUAGAAGCUGUAAGUCUCUCAGUACCAUCAAGAAUCUUAUACUCACCAUGUCUCUCCUCAUUUACAGUGAUUGGCAAAGUUUGGCACGACCCCAAUGCGGCAGAGGUUGUGAAGAUCUCCGAGGAUAUAACGAUGCUAUGCUCACUAUCCGCCGAUCGAGCGUGGAGCAUAACUUCCAGCUGGUGGUAACCCGUGUCUUUGAAGACGGCGACCAAGAACUGCUAGAAGACGAGGAUGAGACGGAUGACGAGAGGGUGUUCCUUAUCGGCGAGGAACUGCAAUUUCGAACAGGAGAGACGGAAGGCGAACCCACUUUCAUCUGGCGUGACCUCGAAGGAGACGUUGAUGAAUUCUACGAGUUCAUUGCUGAUGGCACAAAUGCACCUACUCGGGCCUUUUUCGAGACAUGCAUGUACCGCGCGAUGUAUGAACGCAAGUACAGGAAAAGCGCCGACAACACGUCUGACACAGAUCUACAAGAAUUCAUAUGGCAACCUCCCACGAAGAAGGGCAAGGACAAAUCGAAGAGCACAAAGAAACCUUCCGUUGACGAGACAGGGCUUUCUGGUGCUUUGAAGAGCCUUUCAGUAGACGCCUCAUCUUCAUCUAUACCUACACCUGCUCCUGCAGCCGCUGCUGAAGUCGAUACUAUUGCUACACCUUCCAGUACUGCUAUGGAGAAGAAACCAGCAACUUCGGAGGAUGACAGAUACCCAUCUAUUGUCUCUGCCCCAGCCACACUUCAUCUGUGGCAAAAGGUUGGCGGCUUCUUCGUUCCUCAAGAGAACGUCACAGCGCGAAUAGUGCAAAUGCCCAAUGCCGGACCAUAUGACUAUUGGCUUCUGGCGACAGCGGAUGAUGGCCGACGAGUCCUAGCACACAAGAUCUCGUCCGACAUGAAUGAACGCUGGGCUGGCAAGAUAAUUUCGAUGACAUGGAAUCAUAUGAGUGACUCUGGAUUUCAAAGUAGUUGGUGCUUGAUGUUCACGGAGCCCACCGAUUACGAGGACUUCAAGGCAGCAUACACGCGGGCGUUGUGGGAGACUGCCAAUCAAUACCCUUGGGAGAAAGCAAAGAGGGACGAGCAAAUGUAUGUCAUGAGCUCAGCCACUGAAGACGUAGAGAUGCAAGAUGUAGAAGGCGACUCGGAUGAAGAAGAAGCCGUUGCGGAAGAGUUAGAGAAGAGCGAAGAUGAGUCCGAACCAGAAGAUGAACUUCCGGAAGAUGAAGACCUCCCGCCGCCAUUGCCAAGAGGAGAACGCAAUUCACAGCUCACAGUUGGUUAUAGAGGUGACCGAUCAUAUGUAGUUCGGGGCAACAACAUUGGGGUCUUCAGUCAUACGGGUGAGAACGUGAAGUAUCAUGCGACGAUCAGCAAACUGGCAACGCCGAAGGGCAAAGAGUUCAAUCCUAAAGAGAUUAUGCUCCACGAACAAGACUCAAAGAUGGUCCUCAUGAAUCCUCAGGAGCCUAAUUCCUUGUUCAGUCUUGACCUUGAAGUCGGUAAGAUUGUUGAGGAAUGGAAGGUCCACGAGGACGUCACAGUCGAUCAUAUCGCACCCGACUCCAAGUUCGCACAAAUGACACCUGAGGCAACGUUAGUCGGUGCCUCGCACAAUGCCCUGUUCCGCAUCGACCCACGUAUAUCGGGACUCAAAAUGGUGGACAGCCAGUACAAGCAAUAUGUCAGCAAGAACAAGUUCUCCGGGGUUGCUACGACUGCAGCUGGCAAGCUCGCUGUGGCUAGUGAAAAGGGUGACAUCAGGCUGUUUGAUUCUAUUGGAAAGAAUGCGAAGACGGCUCUUCCGCCACUGGGUGACCCGAUCAUUGGCAUCGACGUUACUUCCAGUGGACGAUGGAUCGUCGCCACCACUAGGACGUAUCUCUUGCUCAUUGAUACUCUUAUCGGAGAAGGGAGGUAUACAGGCAGUCUGGGCUUUGACCGCAGCUUCCCUGCCACUGCCAAGCCGAUUCCAAGGAGACUGCAACUACGGGCGGAACAUGUAGCUUACAUGGAACACACUGUGUCAUUCACUCCCGCGAGAUUCAACAUGGGCGAGGGUCAAGAGGAGAAUGCUAUUGUCACGUCUACCGGUCAGUAUGUCGUCGCUUGGGACUUUGCCAAGGUCAAGAAAGGCCAAUUGGACAAGUACGAGAUCAAGAAGUAUGAGGACCAUGUCGUCCAAGAUAACUUCAAGUUCGGCGAUGACAAGGAGAUCAUCGUCGCACUGGAAAACAAUGUCUUGGCCGUGAACAAGAAGAGUUUGAGGAGACCUACUCGUGCAUCGCUUGCUACUCCAACUCGAAACCUUCGGAGCAAGUCAGGCAUUGUGCAGAGCCCCUAUUGACGAUAAAUUUUCACAAGCCAGGUUAAGUACUGAUGUAUUUUCUACGUUUCUGCGAUUUACGAGAUAUCCAUGUGUAUUGACGAGGGUCCAAGGUUGUAUAGUUGAAUUUUGUACUUAGUAAUACUUACCUACAAUGUUAUGCAUGAUACCAUGAUUAUUAGCAUGUUGCGAUGAUUUUUCACUGAAAUCCAUGCUCGCAGUUUC